CCAUGAGCCAGGUUUCCCCAGGAGCUGUAGCAGAGCUGAAGGAUAGAGCCUUGCAGGGAGGGGUGUGGGAUUAGCCUUGGUGCUGGUGGGCUCAGUGAGGGAAGGGUGGGAGCUUGACUCUGAGGGCUCCCCAGUGGUGCUGCUGUUAUAUCCUGGAGAGGUGAAAGUUGGGAACUCUCUGCACGCCUGGCCCUCUGAACGCUUGUUCUGUUGGGAGGUGGGGGACUGGACCUAACCUCUUCUGGUGGAAGGGAAACUGAGGCAGCACAGCCAGAGCUGGUCUAAAAUGGCCCUGCUUGUCGCGCCCCUCCUCCUCCUGGGCCUGCUGGCGCUCAGGGCCGACGGCUGCCCUGCCACUUGCCGCUGCUACAGCAUGACUGUGGAGUGCGGCUCCCUCGGCCUCAAGGAGAUCCCGGCCAGCAUCCACCCCUCCACCCAGACUGUCUUCCUGCAGGAUAACAGCAUCACGCAGAUCCACCAGCAGGACCUGGCCGCGCUGCGGGGCCUGCAGUACCUCUACAUGCAGAACAACACCAUCUCAGCGCUGGAGCCGGGCGCCUUCCGCAGCCAGCAGCACCUGCUGGAGCUGGCCCUCAACGGCAACCGCAUCCACCUCCUCAACAGCAGCAUCUUCAAGGGCCUGGAGCACCUGCGCGUCCUCUACCUGGCCGGCAACCAGAUCACCAAGCUGCUGGACUUCACCUUCUGUGACCUGCAGAGGCUGCAGGAGCUGCACCUGCAGGAGAACAGCAUCGAGACGCUGGAGGAGCAGGCGCUGGCGGGGCUCUCCUCCCUCGCCCUGCUCGACCUCAGCAAAAACAACCUGCGCACCAUCAGCCGUGCCGCCCUGCGCCCGCUCAUCAGCCUGCAGGUGCUGAGGCUGACAGCAAACCCCUGGCGAUGUGACUGUGCCCUGCACUGGCUCGGCGCCUGGAUCAAGGAGGAAGGGCAGCGUCUCCUCAGCUCGCUGGACAAGAAGAUCGUGUGCUCGGAGCCCCCCCGCUUGGCCUACCAGAGCCUGCUGGACAUCUCUGGGAACAGCCUGAUCUGCAUCCCGCCUGUGGUGCAGGUGGAGCCGCUGGAGGUGACGGCCCGGCUUGGGGACGACCUGCGGGUCUCCUGCCAGGCCUCCGGCUACCCGCAGCCGCUGGUGAGCUGGCGGAAGGUGGCCCACGUGCGGGCAGGGCCCGCCACGGCGAGCACCAAGCCGCUGGGCAGAAGGGCGGAGCUGCGUGAGCGCGGUGGCGGGGAGCGCUUCGACUCGGACACGGGGAGCGGGAUGCUCUUCCUCAACAACAUCACGGUGGCCCACGCCGGCAAGUACGCGUGUGAGGCCUCCAACCCAGGCGGCACAGCCCGCGUGCUCUUCCACCUCAUGGUCAACCUCUCCCAGCAGCAGCCACCGCCGCCGCCGCGCGCCUACCCGGCCUCCGUGGACGUCAGCCAGGAGCCCCUCUACGACAUGGAGAGCAUGGACUUCAACGCCCUGAGCAUGGCCACGCAGACGGCCAUCGCCGUGGGGAUCUCGCUGCUGGCCCUCGUCGCCCUGCUCCUCAUCGUCAUGAUCUACAGGAAGCACCGCAAGCGGAAAAAGGCCAAGAAGGAGGAGAACAUCCUCUAUGUCAACGACUACUCGGACGGGCCCACCACCUUCGCCCAGCUGGAGGAGUACCGCGACGAGCGGGGCCACGAGAUGUUCGUCAUCGACCGCACCAAGCCGCUCUUCGCCACCUACAAGGACCCCGAGGGGCUGGCCGGGGCCUUCCCGGGGCUUCCAGAGCCGCUGCAGGACCAGGCCACGCAGACCCUGGAGGGGGAGGAGGAGGGCGAGCGGGAGGCCAGCGAACUGUUUGUCAAUCAGGGACUCGCGUUCCAGCCGCAGAUCGCCUACGAGAUCCACUGCUGAGGCACCGUGGGGAGAUGGGGGGCGUUAGGGCAGGGCAGUGGGACAGACCCCCCCGUCCCCACUCCAGUGUGCCUGUGACCCCUGACCAUUCUCCUGCGUCCCUGUAGCUGGGAUAGCCUCUGCCCCGCUGUGAUUUAGGGCGAGCGGAGAGGGAGGCUGCCUGGGCAUUACCAGCACUGGGCAUGGCUGGUUCCAGGGGUGGGGGGGUUAGACAGGCCGUCUGCCCAGCCAGACGGCUGCACUGCGGGGUGACCCCCAUUUGCUCCCGGACUCCCCUGCAUGGCUAGAAACACUGUGAAGCCACCCAGGGCCCCCAGGGCGUCGCUGGCCUGGCCAAGGGCGGGAAACGUCUCCCGGAGCUGAAAGAAUCGCCGGAGGAGGGGGAGGGGGAGUUUUUUAAUGAAAGAAAUAAAAUUGCGUCACUGUCAGGAGAAGUGGAAAAGCGCCAUAUUUGUAGGACCUACAAAACCCAGCCUGGCUCUAUGGGCACCCACACGCGCUCCUGUCCGUUCUCCGCAGGCGCAUGACGGCCAGAGCUGGGGGUUGGUGCGCCUGGCCCAGCCCUUUCUGUUACUCUCUGCAGGGAGUGGACCCCCGUCACUUCCAAGCCACCCAGCCUGGGCAGAGCCUCGUGGCUAGUUCUAACCCUGGGGCGUCCUCCUGGGCUUAGAUCCCCUUCCCUGGGCCACCUGAGUCCUCCCGUGUCCCCCGUUGCUCCCAUGUACCCCAGAACCCCAGCUCGGCUGGGGGCUCUCCUAGCUUCCGUGUUCUGGCCCAAGGUCGGGGCCGCGGCUGAGCCACCGUGACUGUGCGCUGGGACAAACAGAGCUUUGCAAACCGAAGUCCUGAGAGGCCAGAGCCGAGCUGAGCAUGAGCCUGAGGUUCAGCAGCUUCUCGGGCUGGGUCGAGUCCCUGACACCAUCUGGCUCCUGGGAGCCCUGCUCAUGUGGGCGACGGCUCCUGCCCCACGAUUGCACUGACAUUCCUGAUCCCCCCCAGCCUGCUUCUCUCCCGCCCCCGACUGCCCCCUGUCUAGAAAGCCGCCCCGUGGGUGGAGAUGGUCAAAGCAGGUGGCCUCAGCCUGCAGGGGUGACGGCUCUCAGCGGCUUUCCCCGGGCAGGCCUGCCAGCUGGAGCGGAAAACAACAGCCAGCGCCCGACAGCUGACACGGGCCAGGCACGGGUGUUUCAUUGCCGUGUAGACAGACACCGCCCCCCCGCCCCCAGCCACUGAAGCAGCACUGCUCCAGCAGGGG